AUGGAGACGAGUUGUUGUCUCGUAGCAGUUUAUAAAACUGUUUUAGUAAAAACCAAAACAAAAGUUUCUGAGAACUAAUAUGCAGGUUCCUACAGGCAGGGGUUUCGCACAGGUCGAGGCGACAACCCGGGAAACCCGGGGCCUCCCGCACUGAAGCAUAGCGCCGAUAGCGCUGUACAAAAGAGCCGCUUCCUUUGCAGGAGCAUAUAUCGGGCUUAAGUCUUCAUUAACUACGUCACCUACCAACCAGACCCCUACCCCGUGCAUGCUACAGUACUUACACAAAAAUAUGAUCUCCGGAAAGGCUAAAGCACUCCCAGGGAAAGGGGUUGGAAAGACCCCUGUGAAGCAGUCAGCCCAGGCAAAGAAACCAGUCGCAGGACUGCGGGCAAACACGAAAAGCAAUUCAGGGCAAAAGACAGUUUCCAAAAGUGCAUCAAAAAUCAAAACAGAAAAGAAGGUUGCUGAAAAGGGUGUCAAAGCAGUAUGCACAGCUGGGAGCAAGAAAGAGGUAAGCCGUGAAGAAAAAGCUGCCAUGUCAAUCCAGUGUGCAUUCCGUAAACACCUCUCCAGGAAGGAGUUGGCAAAAAGGAGGAAACAGAAGGUGGAAUAUGAAGAGUUAAUGGACCGUCUAGAAAAGGAGGCGUUCGUUGCAAUGGUGCGGAGGGAACAGGAGGAGGCAGAGCGGGAGAGACAGAAGGAGGAGGAUGAGAGGAAGAAGAGGAGGGAGGAAGAGAAGCGAAGGAAGCGGAUCCUGGAAGCCGCCUUUGAGGGGGAUGUGGCAGAAAUCCUAGCCGUGCUAAAGGAGAUGUUGGACUUGGACACAAAUAUGGGUGUGGGGUUGGACCAGGUGGGGAAGAAACAGCAACUGCACUGCCAAUUAAAGAUGAUUGAGUGUAGCGACCCUCAUGGGAACACCCCCCUCUCAGAGGCAGCGGGGGGCGGGCACCCGGAGGCUAUCACACUGCUGGUAGAGAAUGGGGCCGACAUCAACACCAAGGGUGCCUUUGGGAGGACACCCCUGUACCGAGCUGCUUUCGGGGGUCACCUGAGAGCAGUUCAAACCCUCCUGCAGCUUGGGGCAGACCCCAGGGUAUAUGCAGAUGAUGGAAACACACCUGAACAGGUGGCAUCAAUGGACAGUGUGGUGAGGACCCUGCAGGACUGGGACCUUAAGGCCACAGAGUCCAUGCUGCAGAAGAUGGAGGCUGAGAGGCAGAGGAGGACAGCAGAGGAACAGAAACAAAAAGCGGUGGAAGCUGAUCGACUGAGAGAUGAAGUCCAACAGCUGAUUAAAGAACAUGAGAGGUGCCAGAAAGAGCUGCAGAAGGCGUACUGUGAGCUGAAUAACAGGAUCUCUGAACAUGACAAGUGUGAGAGGAAGAACAUGGGCAAAACAGAACUGACACUGACGGCUAUACAUGAUGCAGAGGAUGUGGUGGAGAGAGCCAAGAUAGCUGCGCACCAUGCAGAAGAGCAGCUCUCACUGUCCAGACUGCAGCUGAGGGAGCAGUCUGGGGGAGGGUCUGUAUCAGAGCUCAUUAGGAUGAAGUGCUCGGUACGAGAGCUGGACGACGUGCUGUUCAAAGAUGUGGGAAACAAAAUCCAGCAAGAUGGGAGGUGGCCUUUGCUCAUCGACCCGUCAGGCCAAGCCUCCACAUUCCUGAGAUAUCGAGACACCAACUACACAGAUGCCCUAAAUCCUGAACACAUGAAGCCCGAGGUCCUGCGCCUGGCCCUGCUGGGAGCUAUCAGGUUCGGUAAGCCUCUGGUCAUCAACAUGAUGGAAGUGAACUUGUUUGAAUCUGUGAAGAAUCAGUUUGACCAAAUACAGGCUGGGCUGAUGGAACAGCUUCUAACCAAGCAACUGCUCCAGAAUGAAAGGUAUCUGUCCCUGGUGCGACCCUCGGAUGACCUUCAGUAUUCUAAGACAGAGUUCAGGUCUUCAAGGUCAGAGAAAUUCAAGCUUCUCUUUGUGACAAAGCUCCGUAACCCUCCUGAGUCACUGUUGACUGCUCUCUGCCCCAUCGAGGUAACCAUUCCGCAGCCAAGGUAGUGGAGAAAGGACCACGACUACAUCACCUGCACUGCGUUCUGCUGGUUUGAGUGUUGUUAACAGGAUGUAACAGGUUAAUAAAAUACCUAUUUUCUACAACCUUUAAAUAAAAUAAAUUUAAAAUUCAAUUGUCAAGGCAAAUUUCA